GGUGCAUAAGGUGAGCUCAUGUGCUAAUAAUGGACAGGUUGAGAAGCCAUUUGGAAGUUUGAGGAGAAAGAAAGGUGAGAGGAUGAUUUCUUUGCCUCAGUGAGUCUCUCCCAAUGUUCUUUGAGCUGACUGUUCUGGCAGUCACCGAACAUUCAGUGACGACUGGGUGCCAGGGGGCAAACUCCAGUGGGGUUGGAGUGGGCUCUGAUAUCCCCACCACCACCUUUCUGUGUGUCUCUGAAGCCGAGGAGCCCAACUGGGACUGGGUGAGAGGAGAAGCCAACUGUAUUUUCUUCCUUCUCAUUCAUUCAUUCAAUAAAUACUUAAAGUGCCAGGAACUGUGCUAGGCUCUUGCCAUACAUCGGCAAACCAGAUGAAAACCCCUGUGUUCUUGGAUCCCACACUUGUGCACUGGCUGUUCCCUCUUGUCUGGAUCACUCUUUCCCUGGACACCAGAAUGAAUGAAUGAAUGAACGAACACGCGGUGGAGCGUUCCACUUAGGGGCAGCUCCUGCCACUCAGUGUGCCCCCACCCAUCCCACCCCCUCCCUGUGUCCCCUGCAGGACUACGAGAAAGCCCUGUUCUUCCCCUGCAAGGCUGCAGAGCUCGUCAACGACUAUGGCAAAGGCUGGAGCCUCAAGUACCGGGCCAUGAGCCAGUACCACAUGGCUGUGGCGUAUCGCCUGCUGGGCCACCUGGGCAGUGCCAUGGAGUGCUGUGAGGAGUCUAUGAAGAUUGCACUGCAGCAUGGGGACCGGCCACUGCAGGCACUCUGCCUGCUCUGCUUUGCUGACAUCCACCGGAGCCGUGGGGACCUGGAGACAGCUUUCCCUAGGUACGACUCUGCCAUGAGCAUCAUGACCGAGAUUGGAAACCGCCUGGGGCAGGUACAGGUGCUGCUGGGUGUGGCCAAGUGCUGGGUGGCCAGGAAGGCGCUGGAUAAGGCUCUGGAUGCCAUCGAGAGAGCCCAGGACCUGGCCGAGGAGGUGGGGAACAAGCUGGGCCAGCUCAAGCUGCACUGCCUGAGCGAGAGCAUCUACCGCAGCAGAGGUCUGCAGCGGGAGCUGCGCGCCCACGUCGUGCGCUUCCACGAGUGCGUGGAGGAGACAGAACUCUACUGCGGCCUGUGCGGCGAGUCCAUAGGCGAGAAGAAUAGCCGGCUGCAGGCUCUGCCCUGCUCCCACAUCUUCCACCUCAGGUGCCUGCAGAACAACGGGACGCGGAGCUGCCCCAACUGCCACCGCUCAUCCAUGAAGCCUGGCUUUGUGUGACCCCGUCAGGUCGUGGGCUUCUGCCUCGCCUCCCCUGCUCCUUCUCUAGCCUCACGCUGGAGGCCGCCCUGACCUGCUGCGCCGCCAGUACCUGUUGACUCCUGGGGCAGCCUCCAGGGCCUCCUCUGGCCUCAGCCAGGGCCUGGGGCCCACCCACUGCUGCUCCUCCAGGCCCAGCUGCCCUCCCCCACCUCUUUGUACUUUGCUCUUUACAGAAAAAUAAACCGUUUGUACCUGGU